CAACCCAGCAGCGUGGGACACACACACAACGUGCUCAUAGGGAUGCGAAGGUUCCAAGGAAACCUUUGUUCUUUCUUGAGUCGCACAUCAGCACAGCGUACACCCUCAACAACGAGGCGCACAUUCCAAUCCCUGUCCCGCUCGCACGCCCAAGUCGAUUCCCAACCUACAAGUACCAUGUCCGGGAACAUGGCCGAGGACCAACAAGUCCCUACCAACGAAGCCGACUACUCGACAUGGACUACGUCGAGGCUCGUCGCCCGAAUCACUGAAUUAGAACGCCAGUUACACUCCCGCACCGCGGAGUAUGCUACACCCCCUGCGAAGCAGCCCGAGGACGCGGCCAAAGACGCUGCCAAGAGUGCACCUAGUGAUGGGAAAGUGAACCAGAAGGAGCCUUCAUCUCCUGCGGCGGGAGCGGAGAAGAAGAAGCAGGUGAAGCCGCCAAAGCCCCCGAAACCGCGCAGGGAGAUCGAUCCGUCGAGAUAUAAUACACGGUUCAUCGCGUUGAAGUUCGCCUAUCUUGGACAGCGGUACAAUGGGCUUGAGCAUGCGAACGGGAAUGCCACGCCACUAUCUACGAUCGAGGAGGAGAUGUACAAGGCUUUACGGAAGACCCGGUUGAUUUUCCCGACCGAUACAACUGGUGAUGAGUUUGUGGAGAGCUAUGCGCCGAGGGAGACGAAGCCGUACUAUAUCAAUUGGGAUGGAUGUGAAUAUUCCAAAGCUGGGCGUACGGAUCGAGGAGUCAGUGCUUUUGGGCAGGUAAUUGGCAUUAGAGUGCGGAGUGCACGGCCGAAGCGCAACGAGGUCGUUCAGUCGGACGAGAAUGCCGAUACCACCAUGCAGAAUACGGACGAGGCCAAUGCGUCGGCCGACGAUGGCUGGGAUGACGUUAAAGAUGAGCUACCCUACGUGAGCAUGUUGAACAAGGUGCUUCCUGAAGAUAUUCGUGUAUUGGCAUGGUGCCCACGUCCUCCUGAGGGGUUCGAUGCCCGCUUUUCUUGCGGGGAGCGCCAUUACAAGUAUUUCUUCACGCAGCCGGCCUUUUCUCCUACGCCGGGUGCUUCGGGCUUUGUGCCGCGAGAUGGAUCAGGCAAGCCUCCGAAGCUGAGAGAGGGUUGGUUGGACAUUGAAGCGAUGCGCAAAGCUGCGAAGUAUUUCGAAGGUACACACGACUUCCGGAACUUCUGUAAAUUGGACGUGACGAAACAGAUCGAGUCUUUCUACCGAGACAUUUUCCGUGCUGAUAUUGAGCUUCUCGAUGCUCGAACCAAUCCCCUGGGCUAUGUGACUCAGCCAGAGUUCCAGGCUAGACCCGCAUCCGGUGCGGAUGAAAGCGCAGAGUCUUCAGCGGCACCUCUGCCAACAGCAGCGCAGGUAUAUGUCUUCCAUCUGGAGGGUUCUGCUUUCCUGUGGCAUCAGGUCCGACACAUGGUCAAUGUCCUUUUCCUUGUCGGUCAGGGGCUCGAGGAACCCUCCAUCGUACGGGAUCUCCUUGACGUGACUAAGAACCCGCGAAAGCCAACCUACGAGAUGGCUUCCGAUGCCCCCUUGGUGCUUUGGGACUGCAUCUACCCCGAUAAGAAGAGCGGCAGCCGUGCUGAUAGCCUGGAUUGGGUUUAUGCGGGUGACGUUCGACAGAUCAAGUCUCACCUCGGCAAGGGAGGUGGAAAGUUUGGUCUUGGAGGAAUCGUAGAGGAGCUCUGGUCUGUUUGGAGGCAGCGCAAGAUGGAGGAAAUCUUGGCUGGCGCAUUACUAGACUUGGCCGUCAGUCAGGGCGACAAGAGUCUCACCAUUGGUGAUGGAGUCGAGCCAAUCUGGGAGAGAAAGAACCGGGGUAAGAAAAUCUUUGUGGGGUCUAAUGAAGCCAGAACCGGCGGGUACUAUGUUCCAGUCAUGCAGAAGCGAAAGACCGAGCUCGUGGAAGUCCAGAAUGCGAGGUGGCUGGCGGCAAAGCAGCGCAAGAUGGAGAAUGGCGCAAAGGCCACCAAAAUGGAACAGUAGACAGAAGAUUGUAUAUACUCACUUCUCGAAUAUAUGUGCAAGAUGGCCCACCU